AUCAGUAAACUAAAAUGUAUGUUGAAAAAAAAAUGAGCUGUGGAAAACAAUCACAUCAAUUACGAAUCACCCCCUAGAGGGCCAAUCAGAAUGAAAGACUCUGGCUGAGUCAGCAGGUUUUUAACGACUAAACCACGGCGCGCGCAAUAAACCCUAAACCCAUAUCUUAUAUUCAUCUCUGCGAGUCAGAAGUCAGAACCAAGAACUAAACUCUAGAAAAAUCUCAUCUCACCAAUGGGUAAGGUAUGUAACCGUCCUUUAGAUAAGUACUACCAUCUCGCCAAGCAGCGCGGCUUCCGCUCCCGUGCCUCCUACAAGCUCAUCCAAAUCAACGCCAAGCACUCUCUCCUCCACAAAUCCCAUGCCGUUCUCGAUCUAUGCGCCGCCCCCGGUGGUUGGAUGCAAGUCGCCGUCGAUAAAGCUCCCUUCGGCAGCCUCGUUCUCGGGAUCGAUCUCGUUCCCAUCAUCCCCAUCCGUGGCUGCGUCGCUAUCCAGCAGGAUAUCACGCGGCCUGAGUGCAGGUCAAAGAUUAAGCAAGUGAUGGAGAAGCAUGGUGUUAGGGCUUUUGAUCUUGUUCUUCACGAUGGGUCUCCUAAUAUCGGUGGUGCCUGGUCUCAGGAACUUAUGAGUCAGAACGCUUUGGUUAUCGAUUCUGUGAAGUUGGCCACGGAGUUCUUAGCUCCUAGAGGAAACUUUAUCACCAAGGUUUUCAGGUCUCGAGAUUAUCACUCUGUGCGCUUCUGUCUUCGGGAGCUAUUCGAGAAGGUUGAGGAGUUGAAGCCAACGGCUAGUCGUUCAACAUCUUCAGAAACGUAUCUUAUAGGUUUGAAUUACAAAGCUCCUGCCAAGAUUGAUCCUCGUCUUCUUGAUUAUAGACAUCUUUUUAAAGAAACAGCAGAACCCACGAGAAAGGUUGUGGAUGUGCUUGGAGGAUCAAAACAGAAGAGAAACCGUGAUGGGUAUGAAGAUGGAGAGUCCAUUUUGAGAAAAGUUGCAUCUGCUGCUGAUUUCAUCUGGUCUGAAAAUCCUCUUGAGAUUCUUGGCACAGUUACUUGUAUAUCCUUUGAUGAUCAAGCCUCUCUACCUUUAAAAGAACAUGAUUUGACUACAGAGGAGAUUAAAAUUCUAUCCGACGAUCUUCCUGUUUUGGGGAAGAAUGACUUCAAACACAUCCUAAAAUGGAGAAUGCAAAUUAGGAAAGCUCUGACUCCUGAAAAAAAGGAAGUGGCUAAAAAGGAGCCUGAUGUGGGAAAGGAAGACGAGGAAAAUGAGGAUGAUAGACUACUCAGUGAAUUAGAAGAGCUCACUAACGCAGCAGACCGCAAGAAGAAACAGGCAAAGAAGCUUCUUGCAAAACGACGGGCCAAGGAUAAGACGAGGACGGCGACUAAUCCACAAAUAGAUGCACUUGAAGAUGGUUAUGUAGACCAUGAACUGUUCUCCCUUGCUGCUAUCAAGGGAAAGAAAGAUCUAAUGGCAGUUGACAAUGACGAAGAUGAUAACGCCAACGCCAAUGAAACUGAGAACGAAGAUCGUAGUAAUGGAGCUUCAGAUGACUCCAAAGACAGUGACAUAGAUUCUGAUGAAGAGCGUCAGAGAUACACUGAACAAAUGGAAAAGAUGUUUGAUGAGGCAUACGACCGUUAUAUGGUGAAGAAAGAAGGAAGCGCAAAGCAAAGGAAGCGAGCUAGGCAGGCACACGCUGAGAAGCUUGAGGAGGGUAAUGGAGAUGAAGAGAUAAAACUCGAUUAUGAUUCAGAUAUGAACGAAGAGAUGGACGAGGCAAACCCACUUGUGGUACCACUGGAUGAUGGAGAGACCCAAACAAAGGAAGAAAUCUCCAACCAGUGGUUCAGUCAGGAUAUAUUUGCUGAAGCCGUGGAAGGAGGAGACUUGGGUGAAGAUGACAGUGAGCAGAAGGCAUCGAAAGCAAGCGUGUUGACUGGUCAGAGUUUACCCAUCAGCUCCAAGAAGGAAGAAGAUUUCGAGAUAGUUCCUGCACCAGCCACUGAUUCAUCAGACUCAGACUCAUCCUCUGAUGAUGAUGAACUUCUUACAAAGGCGGAGAUGUUGGCCUGUGCCAAGAAAAUGCUAAACAAGAAGCAGAGGGAAGAGAUGCUUGACGAUACUUAUAACAAACACAUGUUUGCGGACGAAGGUUUACUACCCAAAUGGUUUCUGGACGACGAGAAACACCACAGGCAACCGAUGAAACCCAUCACGAAAGAAGUAGCUAACGCAAUGAAGGCUCAGUUCAGAGAAAUCAAUGCUCGUCCGGCCAAGAAAGUGGCUGAGGCCAAGGCACGGAAGAAGCGAGCGGCGGCCAAAAGAUUUGAGAAGGUGAGGAAGAAGGCAAAUGCAAUAUCCGACACAGCUGAUAUAUCGAACCGUUCGAAGGACAAGAUGAUAGACAAGCUAUACAAGAAAGCGGCGGAGCCGAGGAAGGCUAAGAAAGAAAUGGUUGUGUCGAAGAAAGGAGUAGGGGUUAAGGUUGGGAAAGGUCAGAAGAGAGUGGAUAGGAGGAUGAAGAGUGAUGCUAGGCAACGUGGAGGAGGCAAGCCUGGCAGGAAGGGGAUGAAGAGUGCCACUGGUUAAUCAGGCCAGAAGGUAAAAAAAACGAGAGGUAAGAGACCCAUGGGCGGCGGGUAA